AUGGCGCUAUCGUAUAUCUUAGAAACUCCGUGUCCAGGUUUUAACUUCGAAAAUUCGACCAGGAAUACUGUGUUGGACGGGCUGCUCAGUGGGGGCAAGAGCAAGACUCCAUCUCCUCUGAAAACAGGGACUACCAUAGCCGGCGUGGUGUGUGAGGGUGGUGUAGUGCUGGGUGCAGACACCAGAGCAACCUCCAGUGAAGUUGUAGCUGACAAGAUGUGUGCAAAGAUCCACUACAUUGCUCCAAAUAUUUAUUGUUGUGGUGCCGGGACAGCAGCAGACACGGAGAAGACAACGGAGCUCCUUGCUUCCAACCUCUCCAUCUUCUCACUGAAUAGUGGCAGGAAUCCACGGGUUGUUAUGGCGGCGCAGAUUGUUCAGGACAUGCUUUUUAGGUACCAUGGCCAGAUUGGAGCAAAUCUGAUCCUUGGAGGGGUGGACUGUGCAGGAGGCCAUCUGUACACUAUUGGGCCCUAUGGAGACAUGGACAAAGUGCCAUAUUUGGCAAUGGGGUCCGGGGAUCUUGCUGCUAUGGCGAUACUGGAAGACGGUUUCAAACCAAAUAUGGAGCUGGAAUCUGCAAAGAAACUGGUCCGAGAUGCCAUCCACUCUGGCAUCAUGAGUGACCUGGGUUCAGGCAACAAUGUAGAUAUAUGUGUCAUCACCAGACAAGGAGUGGAUUAUAUCAGACCUUAUGAAGAAUCUGUGUACAAGGACAAGAGGGAGCGAAGGUACAAGUACAAGGCAGGAACAUCUGCAGUGUUGACUGAAAGAGUGAUUCCCCUGGAGGUGGUUGAGGAGACAGUGCAGAGUAUGGACACAGCCUGA